AGGACCGGGCCGCUGCCGGUGCCGGUUCCUUGAGUUGAGCGCCAGCCGCCCGGAGGCAGCCGCCGCCCGCAGCGGUCCGCGCGGGGGUGCCGAGGCGCCGCCGGGCCGGCGAGGAGAGGAGCGGGCAGCAGCAAGGAGGCCGGAGCGAGCGGCCGCCGCGGCUGGCACAUGGCGUCCAUCUUGCUGCGGAGCUGCCGCGGCCCGGGCCCCGCUCGUCUCCCGCCGCCCCGCCCCGCCGCCCGGAGGGCUAGCCUGGGGGAUUGGUGCCUCAGUUGUGCUGGCGUCGCAAGGAUGAUGAGCCGCAGGAAUGUCCCGUUUGGCUGCUGCACUCCUGUCCACUCCGUGUUUCUUCCCUUCAGAGGUGAUUCCCUCUGUCGUCGGACUCUGAGGCCAGAGUGCACGUGCACGGUGGCUCGAGCAGCAUGGGCCCCCGCCUCGGCGGGUCUGCUUGUCACGGGGCCGCAGUACUUUCCCACACGCUGCUGGCACUCAUCACCCACACUGCGCGAAGACUCCAUCGUGGAGAAGUCCCUCAAGUCCUUAAAGGACAAGAACAAGAAGCUGGAAGAGGGUGGCCCGGUGUACAGCCCCCGCACGGAGGUGGCAGUGAAGAAGUCCCUGGGGCAGAGGGUCCUGGACGAGCUGAGGCACUACUACCACGGCUUCCGGCUGCUCUGGAUCGACACCAAGAUUGCGGCGCGCAUGCUCUGGCAGGUCCUCAAUGGCCACAGCCUGACCCGCCGCGAGCGCAGUUUCUCCGGAUCUGUGCUGACCUCUUCCGCCUGGUCCCUUUCCUGGUCUUUGUGGUGGUGCCAUUCAUGGAGUUCCUGCUGCCUGUGGCUGUGAAGCUCUUCCCCAACAUGCUGCCGUCCACGUUCGAGACACAGUCUAGCAAGGAGGAGAGGCUGAAGAAGGAGCUGCGGGUCAAACUGGAGCUGGCCAAGUUCCUUCAGGACACCAUAGAGGAGAUGGCCUUGAAGAACAAGGCAGCCAAGGGGAACGCCACCAAGGACUUCUCUGUGUUUUUCCAGAAGAUCCGGGAGACGGGUGAGAGACCCAGCAAUGAGGAGAUCAUGCGGUUUUCCAAAUUGUUUGAGGAUGAGCUGACCCUGGACAACCUCACGCGGCCGCAGCUGGUGGCACUAUGCAAGCUGCUGGAGCUCCAGUCCAUCGGCACCAACAACUUCCUGCGCUUCCAGCUCACCAUGCGGUUGCGCUCCAUCAAGGCAGAUGACAAGCUGAUUGCCGCAGAGGGGGUGGACAGCUUGAACGUCAAGGAAUUGCAGUCGGCAUGUCGGGCACGGGGCAUGCGGGCCCUGGGCGUCACGGAAGACCGCCUGAGGGACCAGCUGAAACAGUGGCUGGAGCUGCAUCUGCAUCAGGAGAUCCCCACGUCACUGCUGAUCCUGUCACGGGCCAUGUAUCUUCCAGACACCCUCUCACCUGAGGACCAGCUCACGUCCACGUUGCAGACCCUCCCAGACAUUGUGGCGAAGGAAGCCCAGGUGAAAGUGGCUGAGGUGGAGGGCGAGCAGGUGGACAACAGGGCGAAGCUGGAAGCCACACUGCAGGAGGAGGCAGCCAUCCAGCAGGAGCACCGGGAGAAGCAGCUGCAGAGGCUGAUGGAGGCAGCGAAGGAAGCAGAGCUGGAAGCAGCAGAAGGGAGGCCUGUGGUUGAGCUGCAGCCGGCAGCGCCUGACGUAGUCCUGCCCUCAGAGGCCCUGCAGGACCCUGCCCCUGUCCUGGAAGGCUUGAAGGAAGAGGAAAUAACGAAGGAGGAAAUCGACAUACUCAGUGACGCCUGUUCGAAACUGAAGGAGCAGAAGACGUCCCUGAUGAAGGAGAAGGAGGAGCUGGAGCUGCUGAAGGAAGAUGUGCAAGACUACAGUGAGGAUUUGCAAGAGAUCAAGAAGGAGCUUUCAAAGGCGGGCAGAGAGAUGCAUGUGGAGGAGUCCAAAGCCAGCCAGAGGCUGAGCAAGCGUGUGCAGCAGAUGAUCGGGCAGAUGGACAGCCUGCUCGCGCAGCUGGAGCCAGGUCCUGAGGCUGGUGGGCUGGGCCAGGCCCCUCAGAGUGCGCCUGCAAGGGAGACUGUCAUUAGCAUCGCUGAGCUCAUCGCAGCCAUGAAGCAGAUCAAGGACAUUCCAGAAAACAAGCUUAUCAGCCUGGCCUCUGCGCUGGAUGAGAACAAGGAUGGCAAGGUUGACAUCAACGACCUGGUCAAGGUGAUUGAGCUGGUGGACAAAGAAGACAUUCACAUCUCCACCGGCCAGGUGGCCGAGAUCGUGGCAAUGCUGGAGAAAGAGGGAAAGGUAGAGGAGAAGGAGAAGGCCAAGGAGAAGGUGGCCAAGGAGGAGGCCUCAGAGGAGGCUGUGGAGGUGAAGAAUUAGGGCCCAUCUGCUCUCGGGCACCUGGGGACCCUGGUGGGUCUGCUUCCAUCCCACUGCACAGCUGCUGUGUGCCCACUGUGAUAGUGAUUGCUUUGAGGUGAUUCUUGGUAACAAAUCUAAUAUUUUGUCUGGAAUAAAUCAGAAACUUCCAUAAUCAAGUAAUUUUUAAUUUUCAUCAUUCCAUGAAGAUGCAGACAGUCUGGAAUCCCAGCGCCCCUCCAGGGAAUCAUAUCUGGAUUCCUGCAGUGGCCCCAGCCACAGUGGCCAAGCACCCAGCUUGCAGGUGGCCAGGUUGGGGUCGUGGCCGGGCACAGGCCCCCUGGUUCCCGCAGCAGGCAUGGGCCAGACUGGGGUGGGAAGGCGCCUCCCAGCCUCUGCUGCCCUGGUGGUGUCUGUUCCAGGAGAAGAGAGGAGCAGCCACAUGCACUCCCCAGCCAUGGAGCCUGACACCGCAUGGGAAUUAUAUUUUAACAAACACAGCCCUCCUCAGCUCUAGAGAAGACACUUCCGUUAAUCUGUGGACUUGGACUCCUGAAUAUCUGUAUAAAUAGGAUUGAUUCAUGCACACGUCCAAAGUCAUCUUUUAGAAACAAUUGAGAGAACAGGUCCGUUCAUCUCUCCGUGGCCUCCGGAAAGAUCACAGUCCUGGCAGGAACAUCGGCAUUCGAAUGGGUUUCCUGUUAUGUGUAUCAGGGCUCACUUUCAAUUUAUCUUUGAUUUCCACCCUCUCCUUUAACCAGUUAACUAGGACAGGGUUUUCACACGUGACAGUCUGCCUAAUGUGUGAGUAAUGUCUAGGUUAAAUCAUGCUGUGAGAGGUACUAACAAAACCCUUGAAAGUGUAGCAUUUCGUGUCUGAGUAGUUUACUGUGCUGUGUGGCUUUUAGAGUGCCCUGAUUUGGGUUGUUAGCACCUCCUUGCCCCGGUGGGUGAUGACAGAUUCCACUGUGCAGCCAGCCAUGGGCCGGGCCUCUGAACUCAUGUGCCCCAUCAUGGUUCUUCUGCCCCUCAGGGCCUCCACCUGCUCCUGACACUGAUUUCCUUGACCCCUGACACCUUUGGAACUAUCAGGCCAGUGGCCAUGCUCCUGGUCACGUGGUGGGGUAGUCCCCCAGUGGGACCUGUGCAGCUUGCGGGCUGUGUGGAAAGCGUAGGGCUCGCUCAGGCUGCUCUGGGUGGAGUGGGGUGGCCUCCAUUGGCUCUGCAUCCAGCCCUGUCAUCAGCCAGGCCGCCUCCACCUGGCAGCUCAGGUGGAACAUGUCCCCGGGGUGGCGGGGCAGGGCCACCUGUGGCCUCAGCUUGGUCUCACUCGUCCUUCAAAGGCUGGGUCUGUCCCUAGCAAGGAUACUCGUUCAGGGAGAGCCAAACAUAGGAGUUGAAAGGCAUAAUAGAACUAGCGGGACAGAUUCACCAGGAGAGGAGGGAGAUCUGGAAAACAGCUGCUAAUUACUAGAAACACUUUUUUCAGCCGCUAAAAGAAGAAACGUGACAAAAUAGGACUAAGCUUAUAUGUUCUCAAAUGUGAGUCUUUGUAGUGACAGUCAUGUUCCUAAGUUAUUUUAUUCCAGUUAUUCAAGAAAGAAGUAUGUCUUAGAUGCUGGAUCCGUGUCUGUGAAUCGUGUCACACUGUGUUAGUGAGCUGGCAGGUGGGCAUUGUGGCCGGCAGCGCCCUUGGGUGGUGGAUGUCUUUAUGUCUUUCCUGGGAGUGGCGCAGGCCCAGUCAGCCGUGCCCACCCUCGCUGUCUUUGGUAGGUGCCCUGGACAUCCUCACCACCACUGUGCCACCACAGGACAGGAGCUGCCAUGGGCACUCACUCCAGCCGUCCCCCUGCUCUGAAAUUGUCCCCCCGGGUUUUCUGCAUCUUGGAGGAGAAACCACUUGCCCCUCAGUGCUGCAGGGGCUCAAUGCACACAUGUGGGCACAGGUGCCAGUCUGUUUUUGUAAUGUUGGCCAUGGUCUGCUACUGGCUUUUCCAUUUGCUUUUACUGUCCUCAACAUGAUGACAGAGCUGAGAUUAGCAUCCAGUAAGGUUUUUGAGAAGUGGCUGUGUCUCACCCAUUUGCUGUAUGACUGCCGGUGCCUGUGCUCCUGGCCCUCCGGAGCCUCCUCAGGCGGGUGCUGGUGUGUUUUCGGGAGCCCACAGUGUCUAUGCCUGCAUGAAAGUGAGUCAGAAAUUCUUAGCAUGGGUUUCCUCCUUUACUCCAUCUAAAUGGCCAUAUUUUUAGUACAGAUACAGCAAAUUGAUAUGUGGCUUCCAGAGUCAUUUUGGAAUAUAAAAAUCCAGACUUUUAAAAAAUGAAGGGCACCUUGUACUUUCUGAAGAAUAACUUCAAAGGUAGUGGUUCUCACAGUGGGGCCCUGGGGCCGGCAAGGCUGCACCACGUGGGCGUGCAGGGCUGUCUCUGUCACCAUGUCCUCCGGGGCUCCUGAGGCCAGCUCCACCUGAGAGCCUCACUCCAGGGCUGUGUAUAAACACCUUUUUUAGAAAUAGCAUUUUUAUUAAAGUAUCAAAUUAAUGUUCCUGUAAAGCUUAAAGUAAGAUUUCUAAACCAUGUGAUGCAUCAGAAGUAAAGGUGGAAAAUGUCAGAA